CUGGACGAAAUAACUUACCGUGCCGGGGCUUCGCGCUUGUCGCCCCUGAGCUGGCCGAGGGCUCCCGGCGUUUGCUGCGAGCCGCGGCGGGGGAGCACCAGCGUCCUGUGCCGCGCUCACCCCAGCUCUCCUCCACUCCCCUUGCCUGCCCGGGGAGCGGUGGUGUUGCCGCCUCCCUUUCUGGGAGCUUUUUCCGGCAGCUGGACGAAAUAACUUACCGUGCCGGUCUGUUUUACGGAUUGUCUGUGGGCUGUAUGCAGAAGAAAUCUGUUCACUCAGAAGAUCCAUUUAAUGAUGAGCAACGUGAGCGGCAUGAAGUAGAAAUGCUAGCCAAGAAGUUCGAGGCAAAAUACGGUGGAAAGCCCCACAAACAUCGGAAGGAUCGACUGCAGGAUCUAAUUGAUAUAGGUUAUGGUUAUGAUGAAACGGACCCUUUCAUUGAUAAUUCUGAAGCGUAUGAUGAAUUGGUUCCUGCAUCCCUGACAACCAAAUAUGGAGGGUUUUAUAUCAACACUGGUACACUGCAGUUCCGCCAGGCAUCUGACUCAGAGGAUGAAGACUUUGCAGAAGACAAAAAGCAUAGGCCGCCUAAAAUAGCAAAGUUAAAAGAAAGCGAAGAUCGUGGAAUGAAGAAGCGCAAGCGGAAAGAUGAAGGCACAGAAAAAGAGAAGAAGCCUCGGAAAAUGAAAGUUCCUAAGCAGUUGGGAGUUAUGGCCUUAAAUUCACACAAGUCUGAAAAGAAGAAAAAGAAAUUAUAUAAAGACUCACUCUCUCUGGCUGCCAUGAUCCGUAAAUUUCAAAAGGAGAAGGAAGCCAUGAGGAAGAAGGAAUCUAGUCCAAAACCUCCAGUGACUGUUGUAACCUCUACCCCUAGUAAAAUUCCUUCCUCCUCUCUCAGUGCAGGAAAUGAUAUCUCUGACUUGAAUCUUAGGAUCAAUGAUCCUGUCCUCUCCAUUUUUGGUAGCACAAAUGAACGUGAGCUCCUGCAAGAAACUGAAAGUGCCCUGGAGAUGCUGGGAGACAUUGACUUUGACAAGUUGCUUGAUGGCACUUCUGAUGGCAGCCCGGUAUCUGAGCUGUCAGGAGAAAAUGGAAAUGUCACUCAGGCAACCUACACCUCUCAGGUCAUGACACCCAAGCAGGUGCCUGCCCUCCCAGAAGGUCUGCCUGUGCUACUUGAAAAGCGCAUUGGAGACCUUCGAACAGCCGCCAAGAUGUUUGAUGAAGAAGGCAGGAAGAAGUUUUUCACACAAGACAUGAAUAAUAUUCUGCUGGAUAUUGAGCUACAGUUACAGGAGAUAAAUCCUGCUAUCCGCAAUGGAGUGUACUCUCACCUUGAGGCUUUUGUGCCAUGCAAUAAGGACACACUGAUAAAGCGUCUGAAGAAGUUACAUCUCAAUGUCCAGGAUGACCGCUUGAGAGAACCACUGCAAAAGCUGAAACUGGCUGUCAGUAAUGUCAUGCCUGAACAGUUAUGCAAGUAUCAAGAGGACUGUCAGGCCCGCAAUCAAGCCAAGAAUGCUAAGUUGCAAGCGGAAGAUGAACGAGAGAGAAAUGGAUCAGAGGAAGAUGAUGAUGAGAAACCUGGAAAGAGGGUUGUGGGACCCAGAAAGAAGUUUCAUUGGGAUGACACAGUGAGAUCUCUGUUGUGUAAUCUUGUCAAGAUCAAGCUGGGAUGCUAUGAGCUAGAGCCAAAUAGAAGUCAGUCUGCUGAAGAUUACCUCAAAACCUUUAUGGAAACAGAAGUGAAACCACUUUGGCCAAAAGGGUGGAUGCAGGCAAGGAUGCUAUUUAAAGAAAGCCGAAGUGUUCACAAUCACCUCACUUCUGCUCCGGCAAAAAAGAAGGUGAUUCUGGCCCCUAAACCCAAAGUGAAGGACUCCAGUCCAAAGAAAGAGCAGAAAACCUGUAUGUCUUCAGUCAAUUCAAGUUGCGCUGCUGUACUGAGUUCCAGCACACCUGUCUGCACCCCAGCCACCUCUAGCUGCGCGCCAGCUCCAGAGACGAUCUGUUUGGACGACUCACUGGAUGAAGACCUCUCUUUCCACCCACCCUCCCUAGACUCUAUUUCUGAUGCUCUGGCAGUUAUCAAUAAUGGUGCCAAGGGAUCACCUCUUGGGUCCACCAUAGACACACCAACAUCCAGACCUCGCCCUGGGCUGAGGGAAGAGAAACUAGCAAGCAUUAUGAGUAAGUUGCCCCUGGCAACUUCAAAGAAAGUAGAGCCCACUCAAACACCCCAUUCAUCAAGUCUUAUUGCUGGUCACACAGGGCCAGUACCAAAGAAACCCCAGGACCUAGUUCACACUGGUAUCUCUUCAGGCCUUAUUGCUGGAUCUUCAAUUCAAAAUCCUAAGGUUUCCUUAGAGCCUUUGCCAGCCAAACUACUUCAACAAGGACUACAGAGGUCAAGCCAGAUCCAAGCUGCUUCCUCCUCUUCGCAGACUCAUGCUUCUUCCUCUAAGACCCAAGCAGCUAUUUCCACCUCCUCUCAAAGAACCAAGGAUGCUAAUAUCUUGGUAUCCUCUUCUGAGGCUCAAGGUAGUUCUUCCUCAACAUCACAAGUGACAAAGGUGCACCAGCAUUCAGCUGUACAGCAGAAAUAUGUGUCUCCUUUACAAGCAACUAUUAGUAAAUCACAGACCAAUCCAGUGGUGAAAUUGAGUAGUAAUCCCAAACUGUCUUGUUCAUCACCAGUCAUCAAGGCUCAAGAUAAGUCUGUAGUAUAUCGCCUGCCUUUGUCUAAUCCCUCAUCUGGAAGUGGCUCUCAAGUGUCUCACCCACUGGUUUCUCGGACAACAUCCAGCACCUCUACCUCUAGUAACUAUUUAGCCAAGGCUAUGGUGUCACAAGUUUCUUCCCAGGGUUUCAAGCCUCCCUUCUCCAUGGCUGCCUCUCCCAAACCUGCUGCCUCUCCCAAGCCCGCUGCAUCUAAGCCCUCUGUGACACCCAAGCCCAAUGCAUCACCUAAAUUUUCAUCCAAGUCCACCUCAUCCCCCAGGCCUGCAACAACACCCAGUUCUUCCAGUUCAAGUGCACUAGUUUCCCAGAGUAGUCACUCCAGCAACAACCCCCUUCAUAAACAGACCAGUGGUGUAAAUAUCAGCAGGCAGUCUCCCACAAUGAAUUUGCUGCCCUCUAAUCGCACCUCAGGCCUUCAGCCUGCAAAGAACCCUCAGGCUUCUUCAAAAUUGCCCAACUCUUCUCCUUCUGGAACUGUUGGUAAAAAUAAUUUGGGUGGAGUUGGAAUGAAUGUACCUGCCAGCAGAGGCAGUAACCUUAACUCAAGUGGAGCUAGUAGGACUAGUCUGUCUGGGGGAGCUGGAAGUGGAACACAGGGUGCUACUAAACAAUUGUCAACUCCACACAGACCAUCUUCUGCCUCAGGGUCUCCAGUUGUAGCAGCCAGUGUGCAGUCAACAGCAGGAGCAUCAUUACUGGCUAACGCCUCACCUCUGACUCUCAUGGCAUCACCACUGUCUGUAACCAGUCAGAACGUGACGUCUGCACCAUUAACUCCUUUUGGGAUGCUGGGUGGCCUUGUUCCUGUGACCGUGCCCUUCCAGUUUCCCUUGGAGCUGCUUGGCUUUGGGACGGACACAGCUGGAGUGACAACCACCUCGGGAUCUACCUCAGCGGCUUUCCACCACAGCCUAACUCAGAACUUACUGAAGGGUUUACAGCCAGGUGCUCAGCAUGCAGCAACGCUGUCUCAUUCACCUCUGCCUGCUCACUUGCAGCAAGCUUACACAGAUGGAGGCCAAAGUAAAGGGGACACUAAGUUACAGCGGAAAAACCAGUGACUUCUGGACAAGCAAGGGAGCUGAAGCAGUUCUGGUUGGCUGACAGAAUCUGCCCAGUUGGGAAAGUGCUUAUUGUCACAGGGCUGCUGUUUCUGUCGAUGUUUACAUAUUCUGAUCCCAAGCACUGUGGUGAGAGGAAGAAGAAAAAGAAAACAAUACUUGAUCAAAGAGAGAAGGAAAAGGAGGACUGGUCCUCCUGGUCAUGCAGACUGGUCAUAGUUUGAUCUUGCCUAAAGAAACAAGCUUUUUUUAUCUGCUCUGAUUGGCUUUUAAAAGAAAUUGAUCGUCAAACCCACAGCAGCACAAACAUUUUUUUUCUGAGUGAUGUCCAAUGAAGAGUUGAAAUUGAGAGGAGCUAGAAUAGGUUUCUCCAUCCAUGAUGUAACGUGGAAUCAUCCACUUCAUUAGUGCCCAAAGUGCCCAGUAAAAGAUUAUGUGUAGGUCCUGAGUGUAC